AUGCAAGCUGUAGUCAUUGAGGGUGAUCAAGCCCGACUCGACCGUGCCCGGACAAUCCCAAAACAAUCAGAUGACAUGCUUCUCAUCCGACCAGUAUCCGUCGCUCUAAAUCCCACAGACUGGAGACACAUUCGGGGCCGUAGAGCAAAAGACGGUUGUAUCGUGGGCUGUGAUUACGCUGGUAUCGUCGAGUCAGUCGGAUCAGCCGUCACCAAGAAAUGGAAGCCCGGUGAUAGGAUCUUUGGCGUCGCUCAUGGAGCAAAUCUUGUCAAUCCUGAUGACGGAGCCUUUGCCGAGGUUAUCUCUGUCAUUGGAGAUCUCCAGAUGAGAAUGCCCGACUCACUAAGUUUUCAACAAGCUGCGACUUUGGGUCUGGGAACAGGAACUGUCGGGCAAGGCCUGUUUCAGAAAAGUCUCAAGCUGAGGCUACCUAGUGUAACAGAAUCAGAUGUAGUCAGGCAUGAUGAGCCUGUUUUGAUCUAUGGGGGCGGUUCUGCGACUGGAGCAUUGGGGAUACAAUUCGCAAAAGAAGCUGGAUACACUGUCGUCACCGUAUGCACGCCAGAUCACUUCGACUACACCAAGAGCCUAGGCGCACAUUUCGUCGUCGACUAUAAAGAUCCCGAUGCAGGUCGCAAGAUCAGAGAAUAUACAAAGAACAAGCUGCGGCUCGCAUGGGAUACUAUCAGCAUACCAGACUCGGCGCGCAUCUGUGCUGAAGCUCUUACCAGUUCCUCAUCAGAAAACCCUGUAUAUGGCAGUCUUCUGCCGACUAAAAGUCCACGCGCAGACGUGACCUCGAUCGCGACGGUGUUUCAUACAACUUUUGGCCGGACUUUCGAUUUCGGAGGACAGCACAUGCCAGCUAGCAAGGAGGACUAUGAGUUCGGAAAGUCGUUUUAUGGUCUUACUGAACAGUUGAUAGCGCAGGGUCGAAUUCAACCACAUCCGGGCCGCGUUGGAGAGGGCGGUUUAAGAGGCGUGAUAGACGGCUUGGUAGAACUAGAGGCCGGAAAGGUACAGGGUGAGAAGCUCGUCUACAAUGUGGAGGAUACGCUCUGA